UUUAUAAAUGUCCGAAGAAACAAUUAAUAUUCUCAGAAAACAGCCAAUCAUAACACAAUAUAAGCCCGAAUAUUUUUGUUAACUCAAUACGAGUUAUAUUUUUUUAGUCUUACGACAAAAUACAUAAUUGUCUCUCUUUGUUUGUGAUAUAACGGUCAAUAUUAAAUCAAAAUGUUUGGUAUCGAUUACCAUAGUUUAUUAUAGCAAGAAUUAAUGAAUUUUGUUAUUACGCCUUUUUUUUAACCAAAACAGGUUUUAACUCCUUUGUUUUGUAGCUGUGUUUAUUGUUCUCAUAGCCCAGUUUUUAUGUUUGUGACGUUUAAGAAUAAAAGUUAGCAAUGCGCACGCGUGGCGCCCCCGGCGGGGGUAGUCGUAACCCGACUGUUGAGCGGAGCGGACGAGCGCGUGCGACUUGCAGAGUGUAUAAGUAUUUCCUAGUAGUGGUUUUAUUUACCUGCCCAACCAAGGACGCUGAACACCACACGUGGCGACGAGAUUUCAUGACGCCCCAAAAAAUGUCCAGCCUUCCACCCGUUGAACCACUGCAAUGUGACGGCGACCCCAUGUCACUGGGACUCCGCUGGGAGAAGUGGAGACGGGCUCUAGAAAUAUAUCUUCUUGCGUCAGAAAUAAAAAACCCAGUUAUAAAAAGAGCCACUCUUCUGCAUAUGGGUGGCACAGCCUUACAAGAAAUAUACUAUAAUACCCCUGGAGCACACAUUGAGGGUUCAGACGUAACAGACUCAACAGAUGUUUACAGGGUAGCAAUAGAUAAACUUAACGAGUACUUUUUGCCUAAACAAAGCAAAGUUUAUGAAAGGCAUAUAUUUAGAUUACUUAAACAAGAAAAUGAUGAGAAAUUUGAAAAAUUUCUUGUAAGGCUGCGUCAGCAAAGCAAAAAGUGCAAAUUUGCCAAUGGGGAAGACGACAACAUAAUCGAUCAAGUGGUCGAAAAAUGCAAUUCGAUGGAACUCAAGAAAAAGAUCCUUACCUUAGGUGAUGACGUUACAUUGGACAAAGUCAUAGCGGAAGCUAAUGCUAUAGAGUCAGUACAAAGGCAGCUCUCUGAUUACGGCAAUGGUAGUGCACCGCGUCCCAUUGCGAAUAUAAAUAGAAUUGAUGCUAAGCGUCAAUUUGACCAAAAUAAAGAUUGCUCACGUUGUGGAAGUGAGAAGCAUAAUGGUGACAGUCUAUCAUGCCCGGCCAAAGAUAAAAAAUGCUCAAAGUGCGGUUAUAUUGGACAUUUCAUGGCUAAGUGUCGAACGCGGGCUAGUAAACGUAGAUCGACACACGCGAAUGGAGGAAAAAUGCCUAUUAAAAAGAUUAAACUUGACAAUAGCGUCAAAAAAUCCGAAAAUUCUAACGACGAUCAGAAAAAGGCAUCAUCCAACGUCAAUUAUAUAUUUUACUUUGAUGGGGACGGAAAAAUAAAAUGCGACAUCGGCGGUGUCAAUAACAUUGAACUUCUAAUAGACUCUGGAAGUAAUCAUAACAUAUUGACCGAUAAAACAUGGACCUUUCUUAAAAGUUGCAAUAUACAGGCUACAGAACAAAAUGCAAACCCAGAGAAAAUAUUUAUGGCGUACGGUAGCUCGGUACCCUUGACAGUGCUAGGUUCUUUCCAAGCUGUAGUUAAAAUCGGAGCAGAAGAAAGAAAUAGUACCUUUUACGUUAUCCAAGGCGGGACACGAGAUUUACUCGGUAAAGAAACAGCUACAGAUCUUAAAGUCCUCAAAUUAGGUUUGGACAUCAAUGCGGUAAGUGAAUCUCAAAAUCAGGGACCUUUCCCCAAGUUUAAAAAUAUAACACUAGAUAUAGCAAUAGAUAAGACAGUAACACCUACUAGUCAACCAUGUCGACGAAUUCCAGUACCUCUGGAGGAGAAAGUUAACAAAAGAAUUGACGAAUUAAUAGAGUUGGAUAUAAUAGAACCCGUGAAUAAACCAUCCAGGUGGGUGUCUCCUAUAGUACCGGUGUUGAAAAGUGACGGAAGCGUUCGUCUUUGCGUAGAUAUGCGGGUAGCUAACAAAGCAAUUCUUCGAGAGCAUUAUCCCCUUCCCACGAUGGACAAACUCUUGCCAAAAUUUAGGAAAGCUCGUAUUUUUUCUAAAUUAGACAUUAGAGACGCCUUUCAUCAGAUCGAGAUUAGUGAAGAGAGUCGUCAUAUCACUACUUUUAUCACUACACGAGGACUUUUCCGUUAUAAAAGGCUGAUGUUCGGCAUCUCUUGUGCACCAGAACUAUUCCAAAAAACACUUGAGAGAAUUUUGUUACCUUGUGAAGGAACGCUUAACUUUAUCGACGAUAUUAUUGUUUACGGCAGGGAUGAACGAGAACAUCAAACCCGCUUGGAUCGCGUUUUGGAAGUCCUAAAAAAAUAUAAUGUAACUCUCAAUAAAAAGAAAUGCGUCUUUAAUGCUAAGGUAGUUCAAUUUUUAGGUCAUCAGCUGUCGUCGGAGGGGGUAAAACCUUUAGACACGUAUAUAAAAAGUGUGGAUACAUUUAGAGAACCCAAAACUAUUGAAGAAAUUCAAAGUUUUCUCGGUUUAUUGAAUUACGUUAAUAAAUGGAUCCCUAAUUUUUCAACCACCACUGAGCCUAUCAGGAAACUCUUAAAACUAAAAAUUGGUCUCAAGUCUGACCUAUCGAAGUACUGGGAACAAGAGCAAAAAACUGCUUUUGAUCGACUUAAAACUCAACUCCAGAAUAUACAAAGUCUGGGUUAUUACGACCCGGAAGAUCAAACUCAGGUAUUAGCAGAUGCUAGUCCCGUUGGACUUGGGGCUGUACUAGUGCAAAUGGAUGAUAAAGGACCCCGAGUUAUUGCUUUUGGUAAUAGGAGCCUAUCGGAGGUUGAAAAACGGUACUGUCAAACGGAGAAGGAAGCUUUAGCCUUAGUUUGGGCCGUAGAGCACUUUCAUAUUUAUCUGUAUGGUAGGAAAACAUUCGAUCUUAUAACGGACCACAAACCGUUAGAGGUAAUUUUUGGACUCAGAUCUAGGCCUUGUGCAAGGAUUGAACGUUGGGUUUUGCGCCUGCAGUCAUACAAUUAUCGUGUCGUAUACCGCCCUGGGAAAAACAAUAUAGCCGACCCAUUCUCUCGUUUAUGCCAAUCCACUCAUAAUACCUUCGAUCGCGAAGGUGAAUCCCAUAUAAACCAACUUGUUCAAUAUGCGAGACCCUGCGCAAUCCCUAUGCAGACGUUGAUCGAAUGCUCUGAAGCAGAUGAGGAGAUCCAAUUAGUAAAGGAGGCUUUAAACACAAACAUGUGGGAGCCUCGAAUUAUCCAGUAUCGUAUAUUUCAAACCGAACUCUGGACUCACGACGGCAUUCUCCUGAGGAAUGAUAAAAUUGUUAUUCCCACCAGUCUUAGGAAACAAGUUUUAGAUGCAGCUCAUGAAGGUCAUCCGGGCAUCGUAGCGAUAAAAGGUCGAUUGCGCACUAAAGUCUGGUGGCCUAAAGUGGAUAAAGAUGCAGAGGCUAAAGUUAAAAGCUGCCGGGGAUGCACUCUUGUAACUGCUGGGAAUCCCCCAUUACCAUUAAAAAGACGCCAGUUACCAGAUCAACCUUGGCAAGACGUCGCGAUAGAUUUUCUUGGUCCACUGCCGUCGGGACAUUACUUACUGGUAAUUGUGGAUUAUUACAGCAGGUAUAAGGAGAUAAAAGUUAUGAAAACAAUUACCACAGCAGAUACCACGAUAAUGUUGAAAGAGAUAUUUUCAAGAUUGGGUAUACCCAUAACCCUGACGGCCGACAAUGGAAGACAGUUCACGAGCCAAGACUUUAAAAAUUUUUGUCAAGAAAUGGGUAUUAAAUUACGGAGUACGACUCCUUACACUCCUCAGGAGAAUGGCGAAGUCGAGAGACAAAAUCGGGAUAUCCUUAAACGUCUACAAAUAAGUCAAACUUUAAAAUCUGAUUGGCAGUCAGAUCUUUUAGAUUACUUAAUGAUGUGCAAUAGUACACCCCAUAGCUCGACAGGCAAAACACCCGGUGAACUUUUCUUUUCCAGGAAAUUUAGAGACAAGUUACCAUCGAUAGUUCGAGAGAAGAGUGGAGUUGAUGGGGAAGUAAGAGAUAAAGACACUAUAAUGAAAGAGAAAGGAAAAGCAUACGAAGACAGAAGAAGGAAAGCUACAGAAUACGGAAUAGAGGUUGGAGAAAAAGUGUAUGUGAAAAAUGUGUCAAAAGGAAAUAAACUUACUGCCCCAUUCAACCCCACCCCACACACAGUACUCAGCUCCAGUGGAAAUGAAUAUAAUGUAAGGAACGACGAUACAGGCCAUGAGUAUAGGAGGAACAUCGUGCACCUAAAAAAAGUUCAAGGCGAAUGGCAAAUAUAUGAUCCGGAAAAGCACGCACAAGAUGUACCACUCGACAGUAAUGAGGCACUGGAUAGUGACAAGGAUGAAUAAUUGUGAUUGAAGCAUUUGCUUCGAAAUGGUUGAUUCCGAAGAUUAGUUAAUUUUAAGUUACAUUAAUUAUAUUGUAUUUUCUUCAUUUUGUAAACAAGGAAGAGGUGUGACGUUUAAGAAUAAAAGUUAGCAAUGCGCACGCGUGGCGCCCCCGGCGGGGGUAGUCGUAACCCGACUGUUGAGCGGAGCGGACGAGCGCGUGCGACUUGCAGAGUGUAUAAGUAUUUCCUAGUAGUGGUUUUAUUUACCUGCCCAACCAAGGACGCUGAACACCACAAUGUUAAAAAAAUGUAGAGUCAGUUUCAGAUUUAGAACACGGUUCUGUUAUUUUAAUUUUAAUUUGAAGAUGCUGUCGUUUGUUUUUAAUAUUCAUGGCCGGAUUGUCAUACUGGCUGUGUUUCUACUAUGAGUAUUUGGUAUAGAACCAUUGUGUGUGCUAAAAUGAGAUGCCGCCAUGCCCAUAGUAGUUCUGUCUUGCUUUCACAAAGACAACAAUCCUGCUUUAAGUUUUCAUAUUACUGGUAAAAGUUGUGAAUUCAAGAUUUAGUGAAUUUCUCCCGUUAUUUUAAAUCUAAUCUUGAAUAUUUGUUCGCUUCGAGUGUGUUUGUGCAAGUGAUGUGUUAAGAAACCUGGUAUCCGUAUAUUUUAUGCAAAGAAAACAUUUUCUACUGUCUAGUUUUAGUUAUUCUUUUCAAUUCUAGGGAAGUUCUUUCACAUAUUAAAUUAGGUUUGCUUUUGAUUUUAAUAUUAUGAAAUAUAUUCUUAGAAGCGUGUUUGGAGGCCAGGUCAAGUUGAAAGCAGUAUAUUUUUGUAUUAGUUUUCUCUAUUAAAGAUAUGAUGACCCUGCUAUGGGUGCAACUAAUACAAAUAUUUAACUGCUUAAAUAUGUUCAGCUUUUGCGAGAUCUAUUUGUUAAUACAACAUUUGCGAACAUUUUAUAAAAAAUAAUUAUAUAACCUACUUGCAUGUGAUGUUUGACCGUCGUCGUAAGUCCUUUCUCUCGUGCAUGGAUUCGUUUGGUCAUUAAAAUGUUGCCAGUAAUUAAACUAACUGUGAAUUUAUUACAAAAUUAUUCAUUGGAAGUCCUGUUAUAAGCCAGGAUCACCGAAUUGAAUAAUAGCAAGAUUAAAGUUCGGUGCGUCCUACGUAACAAUUAAUUGCGCCCUUAAUUAAACGGGUUAUGUUUCUGAGUCGGUAAGAAACAAAAAACUUUAAAUUAGUCAUUUAGCAGUCACAUAAUUCCUUCAAAUGUACAGGGAAAAUCCCCAUAGAGGAAUAUUUUCAGUUUGACGUGUCUGUCUGCUUCUUUGUAGAGUUAUA